AUGCUGUGGACUGCAGCUGCCGUCUCCACAAACACUAUCAAUCGAAAACGGCGGAGAAAGUUGCCCCAGUUGCUGGACAGGUGGUUCUCCCGGUCAAACUUCCCGCUUCCGUUAUCUUUCAAAUUUACCUCUGGGAAUGAGCGUCAUGAGAAGGCGAUGAAAACGUUCACCGCCUGCAUCACUCCAUUUGCCCAUCGAUUUCGCCACCUUGACCUUGAUUUACUCGGUUUUGUCUGUCCGAUCCCCACGGAACUUCAAUUAUCCACUGCAUCACAGCCAACACAGACGCAGCUUAAUCGUCCUGGCAUAUUGUGGUCUACCCUUCAAUUUCUUCAAUUAGAAUCUGCCAUUAUACGGGAAAAUGUCAACAUCAAAAGUGACUCGAAAACCCCUGUCUUCCCCUUUGCACCCCGCCUUCAGCGGCUCCGCAUGGACAGCCUUUCAUUCGAGGGAGGCACCCCCCUUCAGCUCAUUCUUCCGUGGAGUCAGUUGACCCACCUCAUCCUCGUCGGUCUCCUUAAAUCCCAUUUGUGGCUGCAGCUAUUUCCAAUGUGCCCAAACCUCCAGCAUGGUUUAUUUGACCUCUACGAGGAAUUCACCCUGGCUCCAUCAACCGCUAAACAUGUAAUAUUCCAUCAUCUCGUCGAUCUCACAUUCGGAUUCAGCGACCCAAUAAAUCCCAGCAUCCUCGGUCAUUUUGACUUCCCAGCGCUCAAGACUCUGAGGCUUCAAAAUGACAGCGACAUCACCAGUUCCGAUGGAGCUGACGAUGUAUUCUGGACAGCGACCACCCGCCGUCGGCUCUAUCAACAAGUUGCUCCGCUUGAGAGGCUUUCUCUUGGCGGAGGUUGGCCUUUUGUUUGUAUUUUUAAAGCUGCUGCGCACAUCGUCGAGCUGGAUCUUGAUGAUAUCUUGAACUUUCAGCCGUAUCUCCCAUCGCUGCAGCACCUUCCAGAUGGAGAUUCACUUCUAACAAAUCUGAGAGCUCUCUCUGUCAAUAUUGGUGGUCAUUCGGAGUUACAGACAGAUGUGCUCGCCAACAUCGUCACAUCAAGAAGAUGCGCUCAUCUUGGAAUCGAGAAGCUCACAUUAUAUCCAUGUCGCGAUUUUGAAAGUCAAAAAUAUGUGAAAAAGUUAACCGGGCAGCUUCAGCCUCUCAUUGACGACGGAUUUAUUCUGGAGCUUCGCGAUGCGGCAAUGUUUACUCACUGGUACAAACGGCUCGAUCCGACGGCGACCGCAUGGCGUGAAGGGAUUUUUGAUAUUGAAGACUGA